AUGUUAGUGCAUGGAUUUCAUCGAGUAGCCGAAGAAGUACGUUCAUAUUUUAACACCGUUGACCAACUAAUAUCUAGUGUAAAACAAGUAUUUUUGAAAACACCAUAUCGAACUCGUAUAAUUAAAAACGAAGCUCCUGACAUCCCAAUGCCACCACAACCGAUUUUAACUCGUUGGGGAACAUGGUUGAAUGCGGCUAAAUAUUAUUGUGAGAAUUAUGAAGUUACAAAAAGUAUUAUUAACAAGUUAGAUGAAAAUGACGCGAGCAGCAUCAAAAAAGCUAAAGAUAUUUUUUACCACCCAGAUUUGAAAGCAAACUUGGCAUUUAUUUCUUCAAACUAUAAUUUUCUUUCGACCUAUAUUACACGUUUGGAAAAACAAAACAUGAUGCUAUCUGAGUCUAUUUCCAUCGUAAAAACUGUUAAAGAAAAAUUACCAAGUCCACAAGGAGCAAAAGGAAAGGCUAUUUACAAAAAGUUAGAAAAUGUACUAUCAAAAAAAAUAAAGGAUUUAAAAUUAUUGAAAACAUUUCCAAUAUUUUAG